GCACUCAGAAAACAUAUACCUCCUUUUAUUUUGGACGCAACUGGGAUUACGCACCACUGUUAACCACAUUAUGGAUUUAUCUGGCCAGUUUUACGCACGGGAGGAUGAUGAACGUCCAAACUUGAUUCUGUGAGCAGUGAACGGUGCUUUCAGCUCAAAUGGGGGCCACAUGUGCGCUGCUUUACCUCACUGUCCUGGCUCUGUGGGGCGUCCCCUCGCUACAGGUCUCAGACGGAGGGGCCUCUUUGAAGCAAGCUGCGUCUCUGCGGCUCUCUCAGUGUCAGCACAUGUUAAAACACCUGCACCACGGAGCCAGGGUCACCGUCCAGAUGCCCCCCAACGUGGAGGGCCACUGGGUGUCCACCAGUUGUGAAGUUCGCCCUGGCCCAGAAUUCCUGACGCGCUCUUAUCGCUUCUUCUCUAACCACACAUUUCAGGCUCAUCAGUUUUACUACGAGGACAACCACUGCACCAAACCUACAUACGCUUUAGUCAUCAGGGGAAGGGUCCGACUACGGCAAGCCUCUUGGAUCAUUCGGGGAGGCACCGAGGCGGAAUACCACCUCCAUAGGAUCAAUAUUAUCUUCCACUCCGACUCUACAGCCAAAAAUAUGAGCCAUAAACUGUCCCGUGGGUGCAAGGGGGCUUUGAAGGGUACAUUGGAAGUUGGGGUUUUGUAUGAUAUAAGGAAUGAAGAUGGGACGCUAGACUGCACCAAGGAGCUCAACUUUGCCUUGCACGAAUUACAGCUUCUCAGAGUGGAAAAGAAAUACAUGCAAAACCCAAACCAGGAUCUGAGCCAGGAUCUGAACCAGGACCUGGAUCUAACCCAGGAUCUAAAUGUGGUGGAGGAGCUGUUUUUGGGAGACAUCCACACGGAGAUGGCACAGAGGAUGUACUACAAGCCGUCGAGCUACCAGACAGCACUGCAGAACGCUAAGCACCAUGACCCUGGCUGUAUUGUUUGCCGUAUCAUUUCACGUUCGGACGAGUUACACCCUCCCGUCCUCCCGCCCCGUGCUGACCUCACUGUGGGGCUUUGGGGUCAGUGGGUGAGCCAGCGCUGCGAAGUACGCCCUGAGGUGCUGUUUUUAACCAGGCACUUCAGCUUUCACCAGCACAACCGCACCUGGGAGGGGCGCUAUUACCACUACUCGGACCCGGUCUGCAGGCACCCCACCUUCAUCAUCUACGCUAGGGGGCGCUACAGCAGAGGUCUGCACUCCACCAGGGUAAUGGGAGGGACUGAGUUUGUAUUUAAAGUGAACCACAUGCGUGUGACCCCCAUGGACGUGUCCACCACUUCCCUGUUGAACGUCUUUAGCGGGGACGAGUGCGGUGCGGAGAGGUCCUGGCACGUGGGCAUCGAGCAAGAUGUCACGGGCACCAACGGCUGCCUGGCUCUGGGAAUCCGCCUACCACACACUGAAUACGAGCUUUUCCGAAUGGACCAAGACACCAAUGGAAACUACCUCCUCUUCAACGGACAAAGACCCAGCGAUGGAUCGAGUCCAGACCGACCUGAAAAGAGAGCGACGUCGUACCAGUCUCCUCUGGUGCAGUGCUCGGGCAGCACUGCGUUUCAUGGGUUUUAUAACAGGGAAGCAGGAGAGGGCAUAGAGAGAACACAUAGACUUUUUAAUGAUAGUUCAGGGCAGCAUUGGGAAAAAAGGAAAUGUAUAGUGUUGUUUUUUGUUUUGUUUGUGGUGGCGUUGUUGUACAAUAGUUAAUAUAAUACCAAAGAAGGACCAAAUUAGGCAUGGGACAGUAACCAGGAUAUAGAGUUGUUAAGUGUGAUGUCACUUCUGUUGAUAUGGUCCCCUUGUCGAGAUUUGCAUUCACACACUACUGCGCAUGCUCAGAGCACUGAAGCAAAGGAAACUCUCUUGGUUAAGUUUCGUUACUUCUACACAAAUUACCAUAUUACGUUGUACCACAACAUUAUUCAUUUUUCUGUCUCAACAUUGUCAUGUUGUAAUUUCACCACAAAUUAUUCAUAGCCGAUUUUUAUA